GUCAGGUCAUUUACUCACAGUUGGUCAGCUGAGUGCUUUAAGGUGAAGAGAUUGAACAAUGAAGACUGUGGCUGCUCUACUUGUUUUUGUCAGUUUGGCUAUUAUUGCUAUUGAAGGGCAGCCUGGGUUUGGAGUCCAAAGAUGUUUAUGUCGAGGUGCUGGUGCCAAAAUGGUGAAGCCAAAGCUGAUAGAGAAGGUGGAAAUUCACCCUAUUAGCCCAUCUUGUGGACAUCUGGAAGUUGUUGUCACGCUGAAGAAUGGUGCAGGGCAAAGAUGCUUAAAUCCAGAGUCAUUGUUUACCAAGAAUAUCAUUGAGAGGAUUGAAAAUAAGACCAGGAGUGCUCAGUAAAAACUGAAGUGGUUCAACUGCAUUUUCAAGUGUGAAGGUUAUGGCCAUGUGGACAUUCAUUAAAAAGUCAUUAAAAAGCUGUAUUGAUUAUUUUAUGUAUUACAAUAAAAUAUUUUAUAUAUUAUUUUAACACAUUAA